AUGGGCUUAUCUCCUGCCCAAGCUUUCACGAUCAUCGCCGUGAUUUCCAUCCUGCUAGCAUUCUUGCACAAGCUUCUUUCGCCAUGGGUAGAGCUUCCUCGGCUCCCCGAACAAUGGUUCUCGUUUCGGAGCGGUCUAGCCUGGACCCUAUUCAAAGACCGCGUUCAAUUCUCAGAGGAUAUGGCCUUGGACCAUGAGCGUGGCCUCGCAAUUAUCAGCUCAGACCCCGGACGGGUGUUUUGGAGCUCACUAUGGGGCCGUGCAAUUAAUUCCCAUCAACGAGGCUGUUUAAUGCUGUACGAUUACGCCGGCACAGGUUCUCUUCGAGAAUUGGAACUGACAAACUUUCCGGUGGUGUCUGAUUUCCAUCCCCUUGGCUUAGGGCUAUAUCGUGAAAAUGGGAAUGACCACACAAGGUUGUUUGUUGUCAAUCAUCAAGGUCAGGACAGAAGUAGUGUGGAAAUCAUGGAUAUAGACUAUGAGGAAGCACGGGCAGAGUACGUAGGCACUAUUAUUGAUGACGGCCAUACGAUAAGAUCUCCAAACUCUGUGUCACCGGUGUCAUACACCUCGUUCUACAUUACAAAUGAUCAAUGUCUCCUCCGCCGAAGACAUCCAGUCCUGUCCUUUACUGAAAGGGUGCUCGGUCUGCCGUUGGGAUGGGUCACAUUUGUCGAUUUUGGCACUGAGGCCCAACCCAUAUGUUCCAUUGUUGCAGGUGGUAUACCAUUCGCGAAUGGAAUCCUUGUUACGCCAACUGGGAGAGAGCUUCUUGUCGCUUCGAGUAGCACGGACAUUGUCCGAGUCUAUGAGCGUGACCCAGAAAACAACACGCUGUCUGGCAGUUAUAGCAGUGUUUAUCUGACCUUUCAUCCCGAACAUAUCAGCUUCGACAAAUCUUUAGACGUCAAGGACCAUACUGUGUUUGACCGAAAUGGAAAGUUCCUUCGCGGAGUAAUUGCAGCUGGGUCUCCUGACGCUGGUAGGUUGUUUUGCAUGGCCAAGGGGCCGCAUGGAUGUGUUGCACCUUCAGUGGUGGCAGAGAUCCGUCGAGGACAUGGUCUAGAUCUCAGUCCAUUUCCUGGAAGCCUCUUCAACCUGUAUAGUAAAUACUUUGCCCGGACACUCUACGCUGAUGAUGGAACAAACUACCCAAGCAGUACAUCGGGUAAUAUGGACUCCAAAAGAGGCCGACUUGUUAUUAGUGGGCUUUACGCAGAUGGGCUUCUGGAUAUUACGUGGGACCCGAAAGAGAAUUCUCAUUGGCAUACCAAGUACCUGGUAUAG